AUGGCUCGACUUGCGCAGGCAAUCAACGAUAUCGUGAGCCCGAAGCCUACGGCGCUCGUCCCGGUGGCCUUGGGCUGUGAAGAGAUCGAGGUGGCAGCUCUUUGCGCCAUACUUGCCCGCGGUGGUGUGCGUGUGACCGUCGCAAACGUCGGAGGACACCUCCACCAUAUAGUAAAGCUGGCGAAGGGCACGAGCGUGCAAGCGGACAAACCGAUCGAGUUUUGCGUCAAUGACGACUACGAUGUCAUUGCCGUGCCCGGUGGUCCGGGUGCAAAGGCUCUGGGCGCUUGCCAAACGCUGACAACACUGCUGAAAGAGCAAAAAGCAGCGAGGAAGCUGUACGCUGCGGUUGGCGAAGCCGUUCGUGACGUGCUCUACCACAAUGCGGUCGUUGAGGGCCCCAUGGCUGGCGAUCCAGCUGAUCAAGUGCAUCUGGGCGACCUGUACUCACCUGACAAAUUGGUCAUCGCUGAAAACUGUGUGACCAGCAAAGGCCCUGGGACGGCCAUCGCGAUGGCCAUCACACUCGUGGAGCUGCUUCGCGGCGAAAAGGUUGCGCGGAAGAUCGCCAAAGACAUUGCGUUUGAGCCCAUUAAGACGUGA